AUGCCUCAGGAUGAGAAGGACCCCGAGAUGUCCUGCUCCUCAAAUGAUCCAAAGGAGGCUGAAUUAGAGAAAAAAGGAGACAUGGGAGAUCUGUAUGAGGCCCUGGAGAAGCUCCAGGGGCUCUCUGAUGGGGAGAAGGGGGAGAAAGCUCUGCUACGCUCACGCCUUCAUGAGCAGUCUCAGCUCAUCUGCAUAUUGAAGAAGCGAGCAGAUGAUACCCUAAUGCGCUGCAAGGCACUGGAGAGUCUCAACAUGGAGCUGGAGGAGUUGAGGAUGGAGGAUAGUGUGAGGCUUGAAAGUCAGACCCGGCGGGCCCAGCAGCUGGAGGAGCGCUUUAUGGACCUGGCUGCCAACCAUGAGGACAUGAUCCGCUUCAAAGAUGAGCACAAGCAGCAGAACAUGCUGCUGAGGGAGGAAAAUAAGCGCCUGAGGCAGGAAAACCAAACCCUUUUCAGCCAGGCUCUGAAGGAGAAGGAGGCUGCGGUCCUCCAACUCACUUCCCAGGGGAAGAGGCUCUCUCAGGAGGUAGAUUCCUUAAAGGAGAGAUGUGCUCAAGAGAGCCACAGAGCCCAGGAGCGAGAGAAGGAGCUACUGGAAGCUCAGAGCCAACAAGCUAGUGUCCAUGCCAAGGAAACUGAUUUACUGAGAAGCCAGCUGCAAAGUCUGGAGGAGAAGCAUUGCCAAACUGUUGCACAGCUGGAGCAGGCAGAAAGGCAGCAAAAGGCUGAGGGCAGCGAGCUGCAAGCCAAGUUGGAGAGGGUGAGCCGUGAGAAAGAGGAGCUGCUGCAUCUGGCUAUGGAGAGGGGCAAGACACUGCAGGAGAAGCAACGGGAAAUUCAGCAGCUGGAGAAGAAACUGGAGAUUGCAGAGAGGGCCAGGCUGACAGCAGAGGAGCGCUUUGUGAGAGAGGUAGCAGCAGUGGACAGCAACCUAAGGGUCCAAGAGCUGCAGCGACGUGUGGAGGGAAGUGAGCAAGCAUACAGUGAGCUCUGGAUGCAGUUUGAUGCUUACAAGAAACACAGCAUGGACUUACUUACUAAAGAAAAAGAGCUGAAUAACAAACUCCGUCACUUCAUGUCAUAA